AUGAAACCACCCAAAACGCAAAAGGAAGUGCAAAAACUAGCAGGAUCCCUCGCGGCAUUGCGCAGGUUCAUCUCAAAGCUCGCUGAAAAAAGCCUUCCAUUCUUUGAGUUAUUGAAAGGGGCCAAGAACAAAAAGGAGGUCGACUGGAAUCCGGAUUGUCAGAAAGCCUUCGAAGAAAUCAAAAAAUAUCUCGCAAAGCCGCCAAUCCUGACUAAGGCUCAACCUGGGAAACCCCUAUACCUCUACCUUUCAGCCGGGACCCAGGCAAUCGGAGCGGCACUCAUCCGAGAAGAAUCAGGGCAACAGAAGCCUGUUUACUACGUAAGCCAAGUACUUAAAGACUCAGAAACCCGGUAUCCAAAUCUAGAGAAAUUUGCCUUUGCCCUGAUAACCGCAUCCAGAAAACUCAGGCAUUAUUUUCAAGGAAGGGAGAUCCGGAUCGUAACAGACCAACCCUUAAGAAGAAUUAUACACAAACCGGAUAUCUCAGGAAGACUAGUGAAUUGGGCCAUCGAACUCAGCCAAUUCAAUCUGACCUUCAUUCCCAGAACAGCAAUCAAGGCCCAGAUCCUGGCUGAUUUUGUCACGGAAUGUAAUUUUCCUGAAGAAGUACAAAACCCCAAAAGCCGGGAUCAGAAAGACAACCAUGAUCCUCUCUCAGAUUCCUGGAUCCUUCACGUCGACGGAUCAUCUACAACAGAAAGGUCAGGAGCGGGACUCAUCUUAAAAAGCCCAUCCGGAUUCACAAUCAGGACGGCGAUAUCUUUCAAAUUCACAGCAACCAACAACCAGGCCGAGUAUGAGGCACUCUUAGCAGGACUAAAGCUAGCAAAGACUUUAGGAAUCCAAAGUCUCAAAAUCUACGGUGACUCCCAGAUCGUGGUAAGACAAACAAGGAAGGAAUACCUAGCUAAGGACCCGGUCCUGACCAAAUAUCAAACCCUGGUCCAAAGUUACUUAGCCACAAUCCCGCACCACCAGAUUUUGCAAGUUAACAGAGAAGAAAACACCGAGGCAGAUAUUCUUUCAAAAUUGGUCCAAAACUCAUCCGAUCUGGAUAGCUCGGUUUAUUUCGAAGAGUUACAAAGGCCAGCAACCGAAUAUGAAGAAAUCUUGGAAAUCAAUAACGAGCCGAAUUGGAUGACCCCGCUCAUCAAUUAUUUAGAAAAAGGAGAACUACCAGAGGACAAGGGGAAGGCCCAAAGAUUAAAAGCCAAGGCAGCAAAAUUUUUCAUCGAAGAAGGAUCACUCUUCCGCCGAACUUACUCUUCUCCCAUCCUCAAAUGCGUUGGCCCGGAAGAGGCAGAAUAUUGCCUAAGGGAGGUUCAUGAGGGAAUCUGCGGAGAUCACAUGUCCGCGAAAGCCCUGGCCUACAAAAUCAUCAGGCAGGGUUACUAUUGGCCAACUAUCCAUCAGGAGGCAAUCGACUUCGUCAAGAAAUGUAGAAACUGCCAGUUAUUCAGCAAUGUCGCCAGAGUAAGCCCAGUCCUGCAAUCAUCCGUCCUAUCCCCGAUCCCAUUUGUCGUCUGGGGGAUAGACAUCAUGGGACCUUUCCCAAGGGCAAAGGGUGAUCUAAGAUAUCUACUCGUCUCCAUUGACUAUAUGACCAAGUGGGUUGAGGCCAAGGCAAUGAGGACCAUCAACCAGCGGGAUUGCAUCAGAUUCAUGGACAAUAUACUGAUGAGAUUCGGGAUACCAAGAGUCCUGGUCUCGGACAAUGGACCUCAAUUCAUCGGAUCAGUUUUCGAGAAUUAUCUAAAGGAACGAGGGAUCAAACACAAAAAAUCAUCUGUGGCCUACCCCCAAGGAAACGGGCAAGUCGAAGUAACAAACCGAAUCCUUCUCCGAGGGAUAGAAAAAAGGUUGCAGGAAAGCAAGGACAAAUGGCCAGAAGAAUUACCCAACGUGCUCUGGGCUUACAGAACAAGCCCCAGGACCAGCACGGGAGAAACACCAUUCAAACUGGCUUAUGGGACCGAAGCAAUGUUGCCAAUCGAAGUAGGUUCCCCCUCCCACAGAGUAAUAAACUUUGACGAAAUAGCAAACGAAGAAGGAUUGCGCACCAACCUUGACCUCAUUGAUGAGAUCCGGGACCAAGCUAUCCAAAGGAUGGAGAAAUACAAGGAGAAAACAAGAGAACACUUCAGCAAGAAAUCCAGAGUCAAAAAUUUUCAUGCAGGAGACUUGGUCCUAAGGGACACGGAAGCCUCAGAUCCGACUAACACUGGAAAACUUAUGCCCAAAUGGGAAGGACCCUACAAGGUGAAGGAAGUCAUAAGGCCAGGAACAUACAAGCUAGAAAAUAUGGAUGAUUCUGAGGUUCCCAAUACCUGGCAUGGUCUCAGACUAAGGAAAUACUACCAGUGA